AUGCCUUCGACUUUCCAAAAAUGCGCCAGUAACAAAAGCGACUUUAAUCAGUGUUUGUUGAAAGCUGUUGAAAAUGCUGUGCAUCAGCUGAAUCACCCAAUGAUGGCAGUGGGUUUGGUUAGUUUAGAACCUUUGGAAGUCUCUUCUAUUAACGUCUCGCCGGGAACAGGAGCAGCCCAGUUUACCCAAAUUUACAAAAAUGUGAAAAUUUACGGUUUUAGCAAAGCGAAAUUCUCAAAAUUUGACUUUGACUUUGAUAAGAAAACAAUUACUUUUGAGUGCAGUGUUUCAAACAUUCGAAUGGAGGCUGAAUACGAUUUUAAAGGGAGAAUUAUGGUUAUUCCCUUUAAUGGAAAAGGUUCCGCUGUUAUUACACUUGACGAUGUGAAUCUCGUCUUUACGUUUGAUUUGGAUGAGUAUGACAAGAAUGGAGAGAAAUAUUAUAAAAUUAAAAAGAGCACACUUGUUACGGUACCACAAUUAAUCCAUUUUCAGUUAGAUAAUUUGUUUGGUGAAGAUGAAGCGCUAGGGAAGCACCUCAAUGACGUUUUUAAUGAGAACUGGAAGGCACUUUGGGACGAUGUGGAAAGCAGUUACGAGGAGGUUUUUAAUCAAUUGAUUACAAAUGAUUUUGAUAGGUUUUUGGAGAAAGUGCCAGUUUCUGAAAUUUUUGAUUAA